AUGAAUAACAGAGAAAAUUCAAUGCUAUUUAGCUUACUUCAUCCAUCUCAUGAUUCGUACGAUCUACUUGGUCGAACCUCUAAGAGUGGAAGGCAAAUUCCUGAUGAUCAACAAGUUAUUGAGCAGAUGGGAUUGAAUUUUGUGAUUGGAUCGUCGGCUUCGGUUUUGGGAAAGAUGAUUUCUACACCAAUUCAAUGUUUAUCCGUUUUGGGAAGACAAAAUUAUUGGAAUACUUGUGUGAUGAAUGCUAAAAUGUUUGGCUCGAUAUUGUUCAAGUUUGCUCCUUCACAGGCUUUGGCUUUAAGUUUGAAGGAUGGCUUUAGCGAAUUGUUGAUGAAUAGAGUGAAUGUUAGGUUUGCAAGUCCAUUUGUGGAUGAAUCGAAUCGAAUCGAAUAUUUAAAGUUUGUGGGUGUUCAGUUUAGCUCUGGAGCUUUGGCUGGUGCAGUUUCACAUUGUAUUUUACAUCCUAUGGAGAUGGCUCAAUUGAAAUAUCAUCACUACUUGAGCAAUCAUCAAGUGAUGAGUCAAUUUAAAGGUCCUAUGGAUUUUGCUCUUAAAACAAAUGGAUUUUUCAAAUUAUUUAAUGGAUUUGGAAUGUUUUCAAUGCACUCCAUCAUUUACAGAGCUUUCCUAUUCGGAACAUUUGAUAGCUUGAAAGUUAUUAAUCCUUACCAAGAUGAAACUAAUUCACUAGGAAUUUUGAGUAAGAUUUUACUGGCCCAGGCUGCAACUUGUAUUUCUACCUUCUUCUCAAUCCCAUUCCUUAAUGCUAGGAGAGAAAUGAUCACUCUUCAGCAAUCUAACCUGCCAAUCACUACCCGCUCAUGUUUAAAAUCACUGUACAGUAAUUCUGGAUUCAGAGGUCUUUUCAAUGGAUUUGUUUCCCAAAGUUUAUUACACAGAUCUAGUGGAACUGCAAUUCUAGUGUGCUAUGAUUUGCUGCAACAAUAUUUAUCGAGUAGAGUUUAA